CCCAGUUUAAUUUCGAUUUGUCUGCGAAAAACAUGGCUGACAAGAUGGAUGAUAGUGAUGGUAUUAAAUAUUUUAAUUUAUCUUAUAUUCUUAUUACAGCUCUUUUCUAAUUAAAUCUUUUACCAUAAAUAUCGCUGUAAUUUUUUUCGAUUCGCAACAUAAUUUACUACAUAAAAUAUAGAAUAAGUAAUGAAAUAUAAAAGAUUUUCAAAUUUAUCUGAUAAUCAUUGUUCGACAAGCAAUCUGAAAAGAAUUGAAAAAGAGCUAAUAAAGAAAUUAGAUAUAUUAUCGUUUAUAAAUGUUUGAUGAUAAUUUGCAACAUUUUUCGUGUCUAGAGCUGAAAGCUUCUGUGGAUGGAACUAACGCAUCGGCUCCAAUUGAAGUUCGAAAGAAUAUACCGCUUAAACUGCAGUCGGGGACGAAGAAAACGGCAAAGACAUCUUCAAAUAAAAAAUUAAAAACUGGUAACAAAAAGUCUGAUAAAAACUGUAAUAACGAAAAAAUGGACACUUUUGAAAAGAGUGUGUAUCAAAACUGUUAUGACUUAGAGAAUUAGCCCUUGACUUUUCAAUUUUUCACGUACGUCUAGAUAAUAGUGACGAGGACUUUGCACAUGUAUCGACGAAUAAAAUGGCAGAUACUGGUGACCCUCUUCAUAAGAACGGAUUUUUACAAUGGGACCACAAAGUGUGUUUCUUUUUGACUAGUAGUCUGACAAUUGUUCCCAUGUAUAUGUCUUUCAUAGAAGCGGUAAACUUAAUUGUAAAUUAUUGUACAAAAAAUAAAAUUAGGGGUUCGUUUCAAAACAUUUGACAAUAUUCAUAUGUUUUUGUAUUUGUGGUUCUAUAUUUGUAUUCACGUUCAAAAACAUCUGAAAAUCUGCGCUAAGGAACAGCUGAGAAAAUGAAACGACAGUUGGUUAUUGAAUUGAGAAUCAGGCAAAGACACUACCGCUUCUAUGAAAAAUUUUUAGCCAAUUUCACUUUAAUUUUAGAAUACGUAAAUGUAAUUGAAGAUGUGAAAUUUGCUCAAGAAUACUUUAAAUUUUUUAAUGUUCGAUUGUUAAAUCAGUUUUUCUUCAAACAGGUAAAUUUGUUAGGUGAGAAGAUGCAAGAUAUUGAUAUCCAUUGCUGCGAAUUAUGUGAUCGACCGAUUUUAACUUAUGGAAGAAUGCUUCCCUGCAAACACAUAUUUUGUUGGAGAUGUGCAAAACGAAACGACACAAAAUGCGCGAGGUGCCAGCAUCUUGUUAAUAGGGUAGAACAGUGUGAACUUGGGAAAGUUUUUGUGUGUGUUGUGGACACAACAAAAGAUGGUAAGGAUGGGUGCAAAAGGACUUACUUAUCGUUACGUGACUUACAUGCUCAUAUGAAUUACCGUCAUCGAGGAGCUGUUGAAUCUAAUAUGACAAAUAAUUCUAAUCCAACACCGCAACCGGCUAUUAUGAAUAUGGUAACAACGACUCAUUCUGUUGAUACUGUGUGCCAGCGACCUUCCACGACAGCUACAAAGCCGCCAAGAAUGUCUAACCUGAUAACAGUUCCUUUACAAGAUGCUAGACAAGCUCCUAUGCCACAGAAUUAUAAUAACUAUGUACCAUACAAUACACCAUCAAAUGCAACACCAUUUACGAGGCCAACCUUCAACCCCAACGUUCCUCCUCCCAACUAUUCAGUUACUCAACAACUACCUAAUUUCGCACCACACAUUCAGACGGCAGCAGCUGUGUUUGCAGCAGUGGGGUCUAGAAAUUGGGGAGCGCCAGGAACACAACGACCACCAAGGACGAGUUUCUAUUAAGGCGUUAAUUUUUGUUUUUAACUAAUUUUCUGUAUAUCAGUGUUACAUAUUUUACUGUUUUUAUUCAAGCUUGUUGUAGGUUGCCACGAUGUCAUAAACUGUAAUUUUACAACGUUACGAGAUGCGCUACUUUCAUGCGUCAUACUGUUCUCUUGAAGAAUAAAUACGUUACUUAUGACAACUAUUUUUCGUUAUUAACAAUGACUUGGUUUAUGCCAUCAUGUGCGUUUUCGUAUAUUGUUAGAAUGCAAAUCAGUUGUGAAUAUGAUAAAAAAAAUUUCAAUAAAACUUUAAUGAAAAGCGAGUUUGUAAAUAUCGUAGUAAUGUGUGACGAUGAAUGGUUGUCUUUAUUAAAGAGAGAAUACUCUACGUUGACA